UGUCGUACAAUUAAUCUAUAAUGAUGGCGGAGAUCGUUAUCCCUAAACAGGAGGCUGUGAGCCCUGCCUUAAUGACGUGAAAACCCUGACAUCAGGAGUAAAGUUUAGGGACCAACGUAAAGUUAGCCACCUCGGAACCUUCACAUCCGACAAUAUUUCAAAAUAAGAGCUCAUGAGUACAACGGAAUUCUCCAUAGUCUGCAGUAUACGGUGUCCGACAGUCAUUCGUCUUCAUGUUGAAACCGCUGGAAAAAAAAUAAAAUGUUUCCACUUUUUUUUUUCCAACAUCGAGAUUUUUAGACAAAAGACCGGGAACUCAAAACGGACGUGUGUGGGUUUUUAUUCUGGAAACAAAACAGGUCCAACUUCCGUUGUGAUUCCUGUUUUCUUCGCGUACUUGACAGUUGAAACUUGGAGGAGGCCCUGCUUGGAUUUGCAAAAAAAAAAAAAAAAAGCUGCUCACAGCCUAAAACGCCAACCAGAGCGUGAAGCGCAGCGAAGAAAAAAGAACGCUGUGCGGCGAGAGCAGUUGAACGGCGUUCGUGAGGAGAGAAGGAGCGGAGAGAGACGCGGAGAGACACAGACACAUGGAGCUGCUACCGACCCGCAGACAGAUGCGACGAGCAGACAGGUGAAUUACGCCGCUGUGGGAAUAAGAUCACAUUCGCUGCGGAGAGUCCGGCGCGUACGCACGACGCGCAAUUUUCACCCCCCGAAUCUGGCCAACUUUUACGCACGGACCUCUGGAGUUAAGACGCUGUGGUGAUGACAGAAAUGCUGCAGCAUUCUCUGUUCACACGUGCGAGUUACACAGAGCAGCUCCACGGCUCGGUUUUAGGAUAAAGAAAACGUCUUUGACCGUUUCCCUGAUGUCACCAAAGAUCUGAAAACAAAUCGCACAAUUUUCUGGGGGACGAUUUUCGAUUCACCGCCAGGUCUGUCUGGUCCGUGCUCCCCGUGCAGACUGGUACCUUUUUCAGACUGCUCUGCUCCAACAUUUUUACGCACCUGUCCUGCCGCUGUCCAUUCGAGGGACUUUUUUUUUUUUUUUUUUCAAAAGCAGCGGUGUGGUGGACGGAGUCAGACGUCUGGCCUGUGCGUGAGUCACGGGUGAGCCAACGUUUGGACACGCGGCGCUCGGAGGCACUGACUGACACAGUUGGAGGAUAUAAAAACGGUGCUCGCGCUGCACGGCACACGACACCGGGAAGAGGCUCUCGGUGCAUUCGCGGGAUUGGACGCCGAACUGCUAAAUGCCCAGCAGGUCGCUUGCGGCUCCUCAGGCUGGGCGGCGACAUGAAGUCCUGGGUCCGGCUGCUGCUGCUGGCUGUGCUCUCAGUGGCUGGUCUGCAGCUCGGCAACGCUGAGGACGAUCCUCUCCCUCCGUCGCUGGUCGACCUGGUGAGGAACUCACCCGUCUCCUCCUUCGAGGACCUGAAGCUGCUGCUGCAGCAGGAGACGGCCGCUUUAGGUGAAAAAGAAGACGAAGACGAAGACGAUGAUGAUGAUCACGAUGUUCUAAAAAACCACAGCAGUGGCAGAUUCGUCAGGAGUCUUGUAACAGUGAAUGCGGAGGAGGCUAAGCCUGCAGCGUGUAAACCUCGGACGGAGGUGAUGGAGGUGACCAGGUCCAUGCUGGACCGGCGUAACGCCGACUUCCUGUUGUUGCCGUACUGCGUGGAGGUUCAGAGAUGUUCAGGCUGCUGCAACACCAGGCUGAUAAAGUGUGUCCCUGUUCGCACAACCACCAGACACCUGAAGGUAACAAAGAUGCAGUACGUCAACAAGAAACCUCACUUCACGAAGGUGAUCAUCUCUGUAGAGGAUCACACCGCCUGCAACUGCGUGACUGUUUCGUCCUCACCCCCCCCUCUGACUCCGUCCAAUCUCAACCCCCGUCCACCUGCACCACAGCAGCCUCAAACUGCUCACCCUGCCCGGCCGCCGAAGACCCACACCUCCAAAGCCGUCCUCCAUCGCAACGAUGACCUAAAGUAUAACCAACAGCACCACCUGUCGGAGGAGCGGGAGCCGGCGGUCAGGCAGUGGCCGCAGGGCAGCGUCACCCAGUUGGUGCACUGGACACAGCCUCGGCUGCCCCAGCCGCCCACCCACGUCCAGUCUGGGGUUCACCAGCCGAUCGCCGAGGUUCCCCGAUCCGUUGGCAGCUGGCCGUCGGAGGCAGGAGCGGAGAUAAGCGUCCUGGGGAGUUCACCGAUGGUGCCAGAGAGCGGGGGGAGCCGUGAGCAAGGCAGCGUGCAGGGGGCAAACAGCGAUGGGAAGGGACAGGACAGUGACCCUGCCCGGAGGCAUCAGCAGCCCCCGCCCCCGCCCCACGUUCCAGGAGUUCAUGACCAAGAGCUGAGGACACAGUAUAGACUCAAUGGUCCUCCGUCAGACAGUUCCUCCACUACAGGACCACCCAAAUCAGUACUGGACCCCGCCCACUCUCCGACCCCACACCAGAGGAACUUGCCGACCGUCCAGAGACAUUCAGAGGACACGAGUCCACCACAGACUAAGACUAGAGACAGCAGUCAAAAAGCAGGGGGCGAGAGGGAGGACAGCGGCUCGGCCAAUAGCGGGGACUCUGCCGGGGCGGAGUCGGCCGGUCAGGGGAAGGAGAGCAACGAUGGUCGUUUCACAGAGGAGGCGAGACGGCAAAACCUGAACGAGAAGGUCCAGAGCGAACAGUCUCAGCAGGGACCAAAGCUGCCGACAUUCAGAGAAGUACCAGCCAAGUCUACUUCGGCGCCAAUCAUAUCGUCUGCACAUCAGGCUCCUCCCCGUCCUGCCUUGCCUCGAAGCAGGAGGAAACACCGAAGGCGCAUCAACAAAGCAGCCCUCAGAGCCAUGAUCAUGUAAGAGCGCAGAGGACGGUAAAGUUCAGGAAAGAUUCUCGGGCCUGACUUCCUGACAGAUGGAGAAUGUUGAAUAUUGAACUCUGUGGAGAUAUUCUGAGGAGCCGACAGAAGUGAAGGACACUGCUGCUUUUUUCUUUUUUUUUUAACGGACAAGUUCAGUCAACAUUUCCUUUUCCUGCUUCUGAGCUGCUGUACAACAUCCAGCGUCGAGGAGAAUUCAAGAAUAAAGUGCAAUCUAACGAUAAACUGCAUUAACACUGGAUUUGAACUGUAAAAAAAAAACAGAAUCCUGGAUCCAUGGACGUUCACGCUGAGCUCAGAAUGUCACUGGUGGCUAACUGAUGACCCAGAUGUCCAACUCAACUACUGAUUGGUGGAGCUGCCGAUGACUUGGACUUUGAAGUCGGGAUUUUAAAGAAGCUAUGAAAAAAGAAAGUGGGAAAACUAGAUUUCUACAGCGGGACUUUAACUGGAAACAGAGGGAAUUUAUUUAGGGCCUCGACGCCAAAAUUUACUGUUAACUCACAAAGUAAGGUUAUCUAACACUGGAGUAGCCAAACACUGAUCGUACGUCUGUGACUUUAGAAAAACUCUGCCGCCUACUGUAACGUCACGUACUGGAAACUAUCAAUAAUCCGCUCCUUUUGUGCUGCAGCCCGUUCGAACGGAUGAACAAACGUUUGCCUGCCUAGAUAGUGUGCUAUGAAUAUCCACAUUAAAGCCAGUCUCCAAGUGCAGACUUUAGAGCUUUGCCGUGAGCCAGUUAUAGCCGACACUGUAUGUACAAACGCUACUAGAAACUAAUAUCCUGGAGACUCAGAGAAAAACUAAACUUUAUUUCCUAACUUAUUUAAAAGAUGAAAAAUAAUAAGAGAAAUUCAAGAAUUCAAGUGUAAUUAUUGUUGCCGACAUGUUUCAGGAUAUAAUUAUUGCUUGUAUAACUGUUACUGUAAUGAAUGUUAUUUUUAAUAUAAAAUUAAAAAAAUUCAACACAGAUUUAUUUUUGCUAUAUACAUAUAUCUUUAAUUCAUUUUAAAUGAGUGUAAAUAUGUUUUAUACAUUUCUUGAUUGUUCAGUUUACACUUAAUAUAUAUUUAUAUAUACAUAUAUAUAUAUUGAGGAUGUGAGGAUUACACUUGAGAUUUGCACUUAAUAAGGCUUGAACAUUUGGUAAAAAGUAGACAAAGUUUUUUCCUCCCUCUAGAACAUUCAUAGACGAGUGAAAAAACUCACAGCGGUUCGUAUUUGUACGAAAAAAAUACAUUUACAAACAAACUUUCUUUUGGCCUGAAGAUUUCAUCUGAACAAUAAUUAGAUCGUGAUCCACCAGUAGAUCUCCACAGAGGGAGUGCUGGUUAAUCAAAAUAGAAUAAAAUAAAAUAUAUAAAUAUAAUUCUAUAGUGUGUAGUAGUGACCAUAUACUGUAAGAAUUUGUGCCAAAGAGCUUCGUCCAUUUAACCAGUACAAAAAUAUAACAUAUAAUAUUUAUAUAAAGUAUAUUUACUUUAUAUAUAUUUAAUGUAUUCAGUCAUUUCAAUAGUAGCUCCUGUGCCAAAAAAGUGUGGACACCCCUGGUGUAGCGGUUAGUGUUCCCUGCCUUACAAGCAGAGGUACCUGGGUUUGAUUCCCAGAGGCGCCACCACAUCCUUGUGCCAUGUGGCAGCCUGUUAGUUGCAACCGCGUACUAUAGGUGGCGCCUCGCUGUAAAUUUCCCCAUUAUGGGAUGAACAAGGGACUGAAUUAUUAUUGAUGAUUAUGAUCAAUAUAAAAGAUCUGACUGAAAA